AGUUAUUGUAGCAACCUGCAAAAUGGCAGCUGCGCCUCAGAUAACGCGAUAUUCUACUUUGAGCGAAUUAAUUGUGAAUGGCAUUAUGGUUAGUAACCGAAUUAAAAAAGACAAAGACGUAACAGAAUUAUACCUAGCGCAUAGAAACUUGACUGACGUACAUGACUUGAAGAGGUUUCCUUAUUUGAUGAUACUGUGGUUGAAUGGAAAUCAGCUACGAUACAUCACAUGCCUAAGCACGAACUUUCGACUUUGCGAACUCUACCUGCAUGACAACAAGUUAACAGAAAUCCCUGGUGCACUCAGACACUUGACCUGCUUGCGGGUCCUGAUGCUGCACAACAAUCAGCUGACCAAACUUGAGAAAGUCCUCUCUGAGCUUCAGAAGAUGCUGAGUCUGCAGACACUCAGUCUUUUUGAUAACCCCAUUGCAUUAGAGCCAGAAUACCGCCUUUUUGUCAUCCACAAGGUACCUUCACUAUCACUCUUGGACAGACAAGAAGUGAGCCAAAAAGAAAAGGAUGCUGCACGCAGAAUUUUUGAUAAUAGCUUUGUCAAGAUUCAAGAGAGAGUAGCAUUUGGACAUUGUGUAAAAGGUCCCCUCCAUAACCCACCAUCAUGUAGACGUCCAAAAUCUGUCACAUAUACAGGAGAGAAAGAAUAUGCAAACAACUAUUUAAAGAACAGCCCCAUUCAUGAAAAUCCAGAAGAGGCCAUCCUUAAUCGCCGUCUAAAAAAAUCACUCACAUUAUUUACAAGCUUUGACUGGAGCAAAAUUCCGCGCUUCUUACAGCGACGCACCUCUGAUAAUGUGUUUGGAGAACCAGCGAUUGUCACCCGUGUUUAUCGUUAGUGAUCAAGUCUUUCCUCAGAAGACAGAAGGUGGAUAAGAUUUGAGAAGACAAAAUUUAUGUUAGAACAUUGUAUUUGAAAAGAUGCCACUGUUGAUCAAGUUUGCAUUAGAAUAUAUGUCAUGCAUGGAGAAAAAAGUAUAAUUUUUGUUUCAACCUAUCACAUUUUUUAGAAUAUUCAGGAAAGUAAUGAAUCGGCACUAGCUGCAUGCUGUGCUGGGCCCUACAGGCAAAAGACAAAAUGCUGGGCCCCUUACCCCAUUAAAAGUGAAUAUCAUUUAUUUUAUCUGCACAAAUAUAAUGAUGCUUUUAAGUCUAUUUUUAAUAGAAAUUUCAAGCAAUGAAUCUAGCUUAAAUAUUAUCAGUAAUGAUUGUUGCGGUCAGUCUCAGGACUCAGAGUGAUUGUUACGUGAUAAAGACCACGACUGUAACGACCCAUUUGUGCAAUGAAAAAAUGUGCAAAAAAUUAAGUUACAACACCACUAUUGCAACCCUUUAAUCUACACAAGCAAAUAAACACUAUAAGAAAUAAGGAAAUAAAAUUAAGGUAAAAAAAACAAAUUAAGGUAAUAAAAUAUUCACAGCUUCUUGACAGGGUAUAAAAAUGAUGCAAACUUCACAAACUCUCAUGACGUGGCUGCAGGACAAUGGAUGCAUUGUUCCGUCUUAUACAGCUAAGCCCAGUUCACAGAUAUAUUCUUAUAGAACAGUUCAUUUCACAGAUCUUCUGACAUACCUUUAAUGAUUCAGUUUUGGAAGGAUGAUAGAGAUCCAAUUAAGUUCCCAAAACAGACAAUUACAAAAUAAAUUCAAACAGCAGCACAUGUCUAAUUGAUAUCUAUUAAAGGCCUUAAUACUCUUAUCAACUAAGGACAUUAUUGUGACAUUAGCUAAGUUUCUUCAGUUCAUAGUGUAUACAAAUAUUGAGCAUAAAACAGUUGUCAUAACCAAAAAGAAACAUGCAUAGCAAAAUUAAGUCAGUGCAUGUUGUUGUCCUCGCUGAACUCAGCUGCAGUGUUUCCUUUGCAUGAGUGCGGAACUUCUAACUUUGGAAAGAAAGAGAAAGGUGAGGCUGGCAUGUGGUCCCAUCCAUCUGCUAGGGUUCUGCCCCGACCGUCACCUUCCCUACUCACCAACACCGCCCUUCCCUUGCCUUUGUGGUCCCUCCUUCACCCUUCCGCCCUCUAAUCUUCCCUGCUGAUUAGCUUCAAAUGUGCCCGUGAAUAAUGUGGUUUUCCUGUAAUACAUAACCUGAGAAGCUCAUGUGGUGAAGUGAACCUACAAGCAGAGGAAAGAUGUCCUGCAAAUGUCAUUCUAUGAAAGUGAUAUUUUUCCCUAACAUUUUUUUCAUCACUUAAAAACAAAUAAACAAACAAACGAAACAGCAAGCCAUCUUUGCUUCCCCUUCGUGACUGCUCCCUAAGCAAGUCUAGUUUGACUAUUGGUAGAACCAACCCUGAUUGUUUCAGGUAUAAAAUUCAGAUGUGUUUUUAAAAUGACUUUUAUUGUUGCAAUGAAGCUUUUGAAAAUAUGUGUACCAGUAUUUAAUAUGUUCUGUGUUGUUGCUUGGUUCUUUUGGUGUUUCCACCUAAAGCUGAUUUCACACUGAGGGAAAAAGAAAAGAGGAAACCACAGUACUCAUAGAAAUCCCUGAUGAUCAGGCCUGCAAACAAGUGUCGCAUACAAAGAGCGUUCCAGGACACGAUCUGAAUCCAGGGCCUAUCGCUGCAGUGGUGAUAAGCAAGUGUUUUAACCUCUACGUGACCAGGCGCCCCCAUCAUCACAGUGCUAUCAAAGGAUACAGGAUUUUUCUUGCAUAUCAGUCCUUCCACAUGGAGUAAUUUACAUGCAAAUUAGCAUAUGAUUAUGUCUAUUUUAUAUUUUAAUCAAAAUAUACACAUCACAAAAAAUGCAAUAACCUGUUUAUUAAUGUUACAUUAGAUUAAUUUAUUAUGUUUUUCACCAAUUGAAUAGUGCUUUUCAGCUUACUUUACAAAUUAUUUUUUUGUGUAAAAGGUUUUACAAUCUUGUUGUUUGCAUGUUUUAAUAAAUCUUCUACUCCUAGAAUGAUAAAGUAAUUUUGUGUGCAUUAAACUUGCUGUAAUCUUGUCUAUUAUUAAGUGAUUUACAGAGAGGCAUCAGCUCUGGCAUAAUCCUUUGACCUCUAUCAUAUAGUUAUCUGCUCGCACCAAGACCACAUAGAAUCUAACUGAAACCUAAGCUGAGAUUAGCUUCUAGCCCCAGUUUAGCCACUUAACCUCCUUGGCGAUAAUUGUAAGCAUUAUUCAAGCUUGGAAUUUUAUGUAAAAUUAGUUAACCUUGAAUGGUAUACAGAAGUCAAAACCCGAGCAGCUGCCAGUGGUGUGCAACUCCAAAGACUCACUUUUUUUGUUCUGUAGCACACACAUUUUCAUGGAAUUUGUUACUUCCCUUGUCAAUUUCCAGCUCUUAGGCACCUUCUAACCAAAUGACUACUUACAGUCAACAUACAAAGUAUGCAUUUAAGUGCUGAAAAUUUUUAUGGAAAACUUUAUAAAGAGGACAAGAAUGGCCCUGUGAUAGACUCAAAUUUUAAUGAGAAUUCUGCCUGAAAAAAAUUGUUUGAAUACUUCAGUGACGUUCAAACACUACUGUUAAAGAUGAACAUGCAGCCUAGCUUUGGUACCAACCCUGAGAUAAUCACACUUGGAAUAUGUGACUGUGAUGUCAAUGUUGCUUGCCUAUGCAAAUGUGGAAGGGUUACAUAUCUGAGUGAUCAUGCCUAUCGAUAUUUAGGAGCAUCACCUUUACUUUUCUUUUACCAAAUCUGUGGCUGAAAAAUAUCAAAUGCAAAAACAAAUUCAAA